GCGUUUCUCCAGACGUGUGCGCUGAAGAAUGGCCUUGUGGGAAUGCAGAUGACUCAGCGAAAUCUCAGGACAAAGAGGGAGGAGACGACUGUGAAAGUGACAUCACGUUCGGAGAAAUGGAGCAGCGGCUGGAUCUACUGCAGGAACACCUGAACAGGCUGGAAUCUCAGAUGACUACAGACAUUCAGGCUAUUUUACAGUUACUUCAGAGACAGAGCGCUUCAGGACCUCCAGCGUACAGCACUGUAGCCGUCAGUCCAGAAUAUAACAAACCUGUACAGCCCGUCACCGCCAUACAGACGCAGAGUCCCAAACAAGAGAAAGUCUGCAGCGAAGACUCCACACCUGCCGUUACCACGGAGAUGACCUGUGAUGUCAGCACAACGACCGCACCGGUGCCGGACCCUCGGUGGGAGGCGGGGCUAAAGCCAAUGGAAAAUGAGCAUCCGAGAUCACUCCAGCUGUCAAUCAGACAAGCUUCCCUCCCGGACUCAUCGCCCGGCAACAGCACUGCGCUGGAUCUCCACAGACCCUCCUCUGAUCCUGGACUUCCAGGACAGUAACGUGAGCUCAGACGUUAACGUUUGAACGCUUCACAAAAGAAAAUUGACCAAGACAAAUGAUUAGAGCCAAUAAUUCCUGAUUAUCUUGAGGUUUGAAGAGCUCGUGUAACUAUGCACAGACAGAACCGAUUCUCCAGAAAUCUCUUCCCUUCAAAACAGCCCCUGACUCAGGGUAGAGAGCUCAAAGUCAUAUGCACAUGAUUGAAAUCCACCCUCCGUGUCCCGUUUAGUUCUCUUCAGAUCCAGUUGUGAAUCAAAAGCAGGUAAACAGAUGCAUUAAUGCAGAAUCGGUUUCAAACGUGUUCAUUUUGUAAAUACAGAAACGGAACGGUGCACACGGGCGCUCAUGAUGAAUAGGGAUGGGUAUCGUUAAGAUUUUAACGGUAUUACUACUCUUAUCGAUACUGCUUAUCGGUCCGGUACUUUAACGGUAUUCUUAUCGGUACUUUUUGAUAUAAAGAUAUGUCGUCUUGGGGAUGGACCAGCGGAAUCGGAAGGAGUGGGUUGGUUUUCUACAUCUUAAAAAAACAUUUCAAAAUCUUAAUAAUUAUUUGUGCAUGUUUAUUUUGUGUAUACUGCACUGAAUUAUGUAAGUUCUCAGUGUAAUAAUAAAUGAUUACACAUAUAGGCUGAUUAUUAAGUAGUUAAUAGGAAAUGGAUUAAAUGUGUAAUUUCCUUUCACCCAUGUUGAAUUAGCAUAGUUUUAACGUAAGGUAAUGGAAACCAGUUUGAUCGAAUUUACAGUUGUUUUAAAUAGGGUGAAUGGCAUUAGCAUAUUUUAUAUAAAUAAUGUCAGAGUUCAAGGAACGUCUGUUAGCAUUCAGCAUACAUACCUGACGUAGAUGGGCCAUCAAGAGAUGAACUAGAUUGGGCCGAGCAGUCAAAAACAGAGCAUCUGUACAUGAUGCACUUUUGACAGGUGCUUUGUGUUUCCACCCUUACAAGCAAAGGUUUUGUUGCACUUGUGGCUACGAGCAUUGUCACUGUUAGCAUCAACUUUGGUGAAGUGUAACCACACUUUUGAACGUUUAGUUCUCUCGCCAUCGUCGCGUCUUUCUUCUCUGCGAGACACGUGACGUGCCGCGCCGCCUCGCGCGCUCUGCUGGGAAUAACGAAUAUGCUUGCGCCAAAGACUAAGUUCUUGGUGUUAUUGAAAAUUAGAAACUAUUGUUGCAAUAAAAUAUAAGAUUUUUUCCCUGAGGACCGAAAGCAGAACCGAUAAGGGCGGAGCUUAUCGAUGCUCCGGUCUUUCUUAAUUUCGCCCCGGGGCCCGUUUAUACCGGGUUUCGGUACCCAUCCCUAAUGAUGAAGAAAGGUGCAUGCUGGGAGAAAAAAGCAGUGUUUGUUUUUUGCAUGUUAAAAGACACUCGCAUUGUUAACCAAGUGCUAUGAGCUUGUUUUUUGUUUCCUAUAUCACCUAUUUGUGAUUUAUAUACGUAUUUAUUUACUUACUACGAGAUUCCUGGUAUUCAGGAAGAAUCUUUACUUGAACUGAACGCUGCGAAGCCUCAUCGUCCCCACACGUCAUCUCAAAAUAUCGCACUGUUUUUCCCCAUAUCACGAUCCCACAGGCCAGUUACAGUCGAAGGAAUUUUAACAUCACCAGUAUUGAAAAACAAUUAUGUCUCAGUGUUGAAUUUGAUGAAACCCGUUCACACUGCGCGCAAAUCCAGUUUGACUUCAAAUCCCAGUUUUUUUUUUGUCGUGUACCUUCAUUUCUCGUACAAUUUAGACGUAAACACCACGUCACGCUUGCGAUAUUCUGGAAGCUGUAGCAGUGUUAUCAUUUAUUUAUUAUCUGUAGAAAUAAAUCCGGAUUAUGAGACGCGGGGAACCCAAAUCUCUGGCUUUAGUAGCAGCCGUCAUCUCCGGAUCGUAAUCCAGAAUAAAGCACAGAACUCGUAGUCUUGCAGUAUGACAUGACUCGAGCUGCAUGUUUUAACCAAAGUUAGUUAGUAGUGUUAAUCGUGUAAUCCACAUGUUAUGAGAUGCAUCCGAACACGCAGUCUUCCUAGAAAACAAAACGUAUGCAUGUCUUUAGUCGUUUCCUCGUAGGGUUGCCAGAUUUAGAUCUUGGACGUGGAUGAAUGAAUGAAUCCGGUGGGACAUAUCAGUGUAUUGGAGAGAGAGGCUCUGAAUUCACGUCACGUGUUUCGGAGCCGGGAACGCUGGCACGUGGCACGUGAAGAAGAGGAUGAGAGAAGGAUACGAUACUAUUGCGAUCUUUUGCACAAACUCUUUGAAACAUCUUGUACAGUGUCACUUUUUAAAACUAGUGCUGUUGGCAGAAUUGUUUUUAUGCAUUUUUUUAAAUGUUUGACACUGUAUUUUAUAUAACGCAACACGUAACAGCAGGUUAGAAUGUUUUCUUCCUUGGAUAUAUUAUUGGUAUGUAUUAUAGCCUAUUUAUGCUGUAUAUUGUGAAUAUACCAUGCACAACUGUGUAUAUUAAUAAAGAACAGAAU